GCGUGUUUUGAAUAUCGAGGAAAUAUUUUUCCAAAUCAGAACCCAGAUAAUGAGUAACAAAAACACGCUAUUUGGAGGCCUUUCUUGACUUUAUCUGUUGACCGUCGACCCGUACAGAGCCAUGGAAGUCACUGAGAGGCGUCAUAGAGGCAAAGAUGAAGCAGAACUGCCAGAAGUGACGAAACGACCUGAAAGUACUAGAAAGGCGUUUGUAGUGGUUGGAGUUGUCUUCAUUGUGUCCUUACUUGCCUUACUGUAUGUCUAUCAGUGUUUCCCUGACUUGGAAGAGGAUGAAAUACAGCACAUCAAACUUCCAAGGGACAUAGAAGAUGCUAAAAACCUUGGAAAGGUUUUGUACAGAUACAAGGAUAAAUACUACUUUGAAGUGCUGAUGGGCGUGUUCAUCUCCUACAUCUUCCUGCAAACGUUUGCGAUCCCGGGGUCAAUUUCCCUGUCGAUUCUGUCAGGAUUUCUAUUCCCGUUUCCGGUGGCCCUUGUCCUAGUCUGCUUCUGCUCUGCAACUGGGGCCACGUUCUGCUAUCUUCUUUCAUUCCUUGUAGGCCGAAGACUAGUCUACAAAUAUUUUCCAGACAAGGCUCGCUCAUGGGCAGACAAAGUGAACAACCAUCGGAGCAAUCUUCUAAAUUACAUGAUAUUUCUGAGGAUAACGCCUUUUCUGCCUAAUUGGUUCAUAAAUAUAACUGCUCCGGUUAUCGACGUGCCAAUGUUGCCUUUCUGGCUCGGAACAUUCCUGGGAGUUGCUCCACCGUCGUUUUUGGCCAUUCAAGCUGGAACAACCCUUCACCAAAUGAGUUCUAGUGGAGACGCAAUUUCAUGGACCUCUAUCAUUCUUCUAGCAGCUUUCGCGGUGCUCUCAUUGGUGCCAGUAUUGCUCAAAUCCAAGCUCAGGGACAAGUUUGAGUGAAUCUUGGUGUGUUUGCAACUAUUGUUGUAAUGGCGCUGAUACUAACAAAAUGAAAGCAAGUAUGAAUGAAUGUCUAACCAAGUAGGUCUUGCUAAGUUUGUUUGUUUUCGGUUUUUCACUAUAAAAAAAUAAAAAUACCUUUAUAUAAAUUAUAAA